GGAUCCGAAUUUGUCUGACGCAGAAGUCAUUACCGGUGUAAGCUUUGCAUCAGCAGGAGCGGGAUACGAUUACCAAACAAAUACCCUUCUAAAUGUUAUCCCAGUUCCAAAGCAGAUUGAUAUGUUCAGGGAUUAUAUUGCAAGGCUAAAGGGUAUUGUAGGCGAAGAAAGGGCUAAACAGAUCAUUGGUGGUGCCUUUGUUCUUAUUAGUGCAGGAAGCAAUGAUAUCUUUACAAGGCCUUUCAACUUGCACUAUAGUUUCCAGGAUACUAUGCUGGAUAUCGUUCAAAAUUUUACUAAAGUAAAUAAUUUUGAGCUGCAUGAUCUUGGAUGCCGCUCCAUGGCUGUAGCUGGCCUUCCUCCAGUUGGUUACGCUCCCAUCGAAAAAACUAUUCAGCUGGCCACUGAACUUCUACUUCCUGUAGAUCUAAAAUGGGUGGAUAACUUAAAUUCAUAUGCUCAAUCUUAUAACAAAGAGCUUGUCAAGCUAUUGGCCCAAGCACAGACAACGUUUUCAGGGAGCAAAAUCGUAUAUGCCGACGUAUAUGAGCCACUGGAUGACAUGGUCAAGAAUCCAAAACGAUAUGGAUUUCUGGAAACAAAGAGAGGAUGCUGUGGGACUGGACUUUUCGAACUGGGACCCUUGUGCAGACCAACGACCCCAACAUGUGGAAAAUUAUUAGCUUCCAAGUUCUUAUUUUGGGAUGCUGUUCAUCCCAGCACAUCAACCUAUCGGGUCAUCGCUAAGCAUAUAGAGAAGGAGGUUUUCCCCAAGUUCCUGUAAAACAACAUAUUGCUUUCACCCGCACAAGAUCCUAGCU